AUGAUGCGCUCAUCAAUUCAUUCUGCGUACGCUUUUGUCAUUGUUCGAAUGGGCCAAAAGAAGAGUCGAUAUUCAUCAGCACCGCCGCUUGAACAAGUCGUUCUUCGUCGUAUCACAAGUGCAACGGCAUUCUUGCCUGAUGAAAUUCAAUACUUUUACUAUGAUUUUCUCAAAUACACGCCGAAAGGCUAUCUUACAUUGGCCGAUUUCGAAAAAUUCUAUCAAACGUUAUUUCAUAACGGUGCGCCGGAAGAUUUCGCUAAAUAUGUCUUCAAUGCGUAUGAUACAAAUCGAGAUGAAACGGUCGAUUUCGAAGAAUUUAUAACUGGAUUGUACUAUACGACCAAAGCGCCCCCUACUGAAAAAAUCCGAUGGGCAUUUGAUUUGUGCGAUCGAGAUGGUGACCAUCAACUUGACGUUUAUGAAUUGGAAAGUAUCGUUAAGGCACUUUAUGGACUAUCCGACAUUGACAUGGCACGAGUUGAAACAUACGAAGAUGCCAUUGAUCGUGUGAAACAGUUGUUCUUAUCAAACCAAGAGGACUUGGAUAGCGAUGAACUUUUCAGUAGUGUCACGAAAAGUGAAUUUCUCAAUAUCGUUCAAAAAGAUUCAACUAUUAUGAAAUUAAUCGAUUGUCGACCAAUAAUCAAUAAACGUGCAGCUAAGAGAGAUAGUUUAGCAGCCACUUUAUUGAAAAAACAAUUGAAAUUUAGAUCUCCUAUGCAAAAAUCUUUAUCUGAUUCAACAUUAGCUGCAACAAGUGCCGAUCGUUGA